GGCACCAUGGUGCGCAUGAACGUUCUAGCCGAUGCUCUCAAAAGCAUCAACAAUGCAGAGAAGCGUGGGAAACGCCAAGUUCUCAUUAGGCCGUGCUCCAAAGUAAUCGUCCGGUUUUUAACUGUGAUGAUGAAGCACGGUUACAUUGGUGAAUUUGAGAUAAUUGAUGAUCACAGAGCUGGGAAGAUUGUUGUCAAUCUCACAGGCAGACUCAACAAGUGUGGUGUAAUCAGUCCCAGAUUUGAUGUUCAGCUGAAGGAUUUGGAAAAGUGGCAGAACAACCUGCUGCCUUCACGUCAGUUUGGGUACAUUGUACUGACAACCUCAGCUGGCAUCAUGGACCAUGAGGAGGCUAGGCGAAAACACACAGGAGGCAAAAUCCUGGGAUUCUUUUUCUAAAACUUGUAAAAAAAGAGGAUACUAAUAAAUUGUUCAAAUGGA